AUGGAGAACACUGAGGCAGUGGAAACUUUGCUCAGCCUGCCAAGAUUAGCACCCUCACUAAAGGAAGCCGGGGGGAUGAGCUCCCACUCCAGCAUAGGCCUCCAUGAGGCACCUCCCACACAGCGCCAGUCAAGAUCUGAUGUGCAGCGCUACAAGCAUGUCUCUCGCUAUUACGACCUGCUGAAGUGCUUCCUGCCAUCUGCAAGAUUCUUAACGUUUUCUGCUGUGGCCAAAACGCCUCUGCAGACAUUAAGCGAACUCCGGCACCGUGCGCCGCUGCCUCAGCUGGCCCAGGACCUCGGCUUCCUGCAGCAGAUGGGAGUCAUUGAGAAAACAUUCCGGCGGGACUUGCAGGCCAGGUAUUACGUUGACCUUCAUAGGUUUAAGAAUGCCCUGCAGGAGCGAGUCUCCCAAAUUAUGAGUCUCGUUGAAAGCCAACCUGAGCACUUAAAGUGGGUGUGGCAGGACACUACCCCAGACCAAGAGACGCUGCCGCCCUUCCUGAGGGAUGUGCCUCAGAGGCAGGCAGUGAUGCGCGUGCUGGAUGUGCUCAACACCAGGCUGGCGCAGAUGGAAUUUGAGUUCUCCAUGGAAGAGGUUUCGAUCGUUAAGAGGAGGCGCGACGAGAACAUCAGUUGCUUGCAGCACAGCGUGGAAACCCUAGAUGUAGAGGCGGCCAAGGUCUGCCAGGCGCGGUACAGCCUCCUUGCCAAGCCCUGGAUCUUGUACCAUUCUGCCCAGGGAGACGAGAACCAGUACAAACGGUCAUCCAUCAGACUCCUGCUGUGGGUGGAGGCCGAGGUGUGGAAGGAAAGGGUGGCCGCAUCCUUGGAAAAUUUCUUUACACCCAAGCUGCACUUGUCUUGCAUCAGGCAAGUCCUGAACCUGCUGAUUGCCAAAGGCGAGACGCUACUGGCGCCGCUGAUGAGGCAGGAUGGGUCGUACCCCACGUACACCGUGCUGGACGAGCGGGUGGUGGACUGUGUGCUGGACCACUGCGUGAUGGCAGGGUUCCUGUCUGAGGACGGAGCCGCAUUGUGCCCCCUCACUGAGAUUAAGGAUGUAGUGAGAAAGAAGCUGCUGAUAGGCGUGAGUCUAGGCCAGGUGUGUGUCUGCCGCCACUUCCGGUGCAGCGAUGAGUGACUUUGGCGACUGGGACGAUUGUGAUGGUGGCUGUAUGGAAUGUGAAGACUGUCAGGACUGUGAUUGCAACUAUGACUUUCGCAAACUGCUAUGCUGCUUCAUGAAGAGCACCAAAAGAGG